CCCUCCGGGGGUCUGGUGACAGGAUGGCGGAGGCAGGGGGACCGGAGUCCGCCACCUCCCGGUGCCCGGACGAGUCAUCGGACAGCGAGCCGGAGCAGGAGCCCGGGACCCCGCAGAAACUCAUCCGGAAGGUGUCCACGUCGGGCCAGAUCCGCAGCAAGACGGUGUUGAAGGAGGGAAACCUGCAGAAACAGACCAACUCGUUCCAGCGCUGGAAGAGAAGAUACUUCAAACUGAGAGGACGAACUCUUUACUACGCUCAGACCGCCAAGGUGAGGACCAGGUCUGCAGGCGUGUCCUGCUGGUGUGUUCUUGUCCUGAUGUGUCCAGAUGUGUGUCUGCAGUCCAUCAUCUUUGACGAAGUGGAUCUGACGGACGCCAGCGUGGCCGAGUCCAGCACCAAGAACGUCAACAACAGUUUCACAGUCAUCACUCCCUGCAGGCGUCUCAUUCUGUGUGCAGACAACAGGAAGGAGAUGGAGGAGUGGAUGGCGGCGCUGCGCAGCGUGCAGAACAGACACAACUACGAGUCCACUCAGUACAGCAUGGAUCACUUCAGCGGGAUGCACAACUGGUUCGCCUGUUCUCACGCUCGACCGACGUACUGCAACGUGUGCAGAGAGGCCCUGUCAGGGGUCACGAGCCACGGCUUGUCCUGUGAAGUGUGUAAGUUCAAGGCUCACAAACGUUGUGCUGUCCGAGCGACCAACAACUGUAAGUGGACAACUUUGUCUUCUAUUGGGAAGGACAUCAUAGAGGACGAGGACGGGGUGUCCAUGCCUCAUCAGUGGUUGGAGGGGAACCUUCCGGUGUCUGCCAAGUGUCUUGUGUGUGAGAGGACAUGCGGCAGCGUCCUGCGUCUUCAGGACUGGAGGUGUCUCUGGUGUAAAGCCAUGGUGCACUCGGGCUGUAAGGAGCAGCUGUCCUCGAAGUGUCCUCUGGGACAGUGCAAAGUGUCCGUCAUCCCUCCGACGGCGCUGAACAGCAUCGACUCCGACGGCUUCUGGAAGGCGUCCUGUCCUCCCUCCGUCACGUCUCCGCUGCUCGUCUUCGUCAACUCGAAGAGCGGAGACAACCAGGGCGUCAAAUUCCUGCGGCGCUUCAAGCAGCUGCUGAACCCGGCGCAGGUGUUCGACCUGAUGAACGGAGGGCCGCACCUGGGGCUGCGUCUCUUCCAGAAGUUCGACACCUUCAGGAUCCUGGUCUGCGGGGGAGACGGCAGCGUCGGCUGGGUCUUAUCGGAGAUCGACACUCUGAGUCUGCAUAAACAGUGCCAGCUGGGGGUCCUCCCUCUGGGGACCGGUAACGAUCUGGCCCGGGUUCUGGGUUGGGGUUCGGCCUGCGACGACGACACGCAGCUGCCGCAGAUCCUGGAGAAGCUGGAGCGAGCCAGCACCAAGAUGCUGGACAGGUGGAGCAUCAUGGUUUAUGAGACCAAGUUCCACCGGCAGCACUCGGCCUCCACCGUCACUGAAGACUGCAGCGAGGACUCGGAGGUCCAACAGAUUCUGACCUAUGAGGACUCGGUGGCGGCUCACCUGUCCAAGAUCCUGACGUCGGACCAGCACUCGGUCGUCAUUUCCUCUGCCAAAGUUCUUUGUGAGACGGUGAAAGACUUCGUGGCUCGAGUUGGUAAAGCUUACGAGAAGAAUACUGAAAACUGGGAGGAGUCUGAAACCAUGGCCAGGAAGUGCGGCGUCUUGAAGGAGAAGCUCGACUCUCUGCUGAAAACUCUGAAUGAAGAGUCCCAGGCCUCCGCCGCCCCGCCUCCAAACCCCCCUCCUCCUCCACCCACCAUCGUGGAGGAGGUGGAGGAGGGCGAGGGGAUGGUCUCGCCUGCUGCUCCACCUCCUGCUCCGCCAUCCUGCUCCCCUCGGGUCAACCCCUCCCCCCCCUCUUCCUCCUCUUCCUCCUCCUCGCCUUCCUCGGCGGCGGCGGCCAUCUUCAGACCUCGAGAGCAGCUCAUGCUGAGAGCCAACAGUCUGAAGAAAGCCAUCCGACAGAUCAUCGAGCACACGGAGAGAGCUGUGGACGAGCAGAAUGCUCAGACUCAGCAGGUUUUCUCCCUGAACUCUGAGGAAGACGUGGGUCUGACGGAGGAAGACGAGGAGGAUGAGGCGGAGGAGGACAAAGUGUCCCUGCAGUCUGCGUCCAGACACCGCUGCUCCCGUUCAGGGAGUAAGACGCCCUUUGAGAAACUACUGAGGAAAGGAAGUCUCUCGCUGGACAGCUCAACGUCUCUGAGAGAAAAUCUGCCGAUGCUCAACACCAAGGUCCUUUAUCCUGGGUCUCUGUCCAGCAGCUCUGUCAUCAGUCGUCUCCUGGUGAAUUCUGAUCCGUUUGGCUGCGACCUGGACAGCAUGGAGUGCUACACUGAGAAGUGCGUCAUGAACAACUACUUUGGGAUCGGACUGGACGCCAAAAUCUCCCUGGACUUCAACAACAAGCGAGACGAGCACCCGGAGAAGUGCAGGAGUCGGACCAAGAACAUGAUGUGGUACGGCGUUCUGGGAACCAAAGAGCUGCUGCACAGAACCUACAAGAACCUGGAGCAGAGAGUCCUGCUGGAGUGUGACGGCCGGCCCAUCCCCCUGCCCCGCCUCCAGGGCAUCGCCGUGCUCAACAUCCCCAGCUACGCCGGAGGGACCAACUUCUGGGGCGGGACCAAGGAGGACGAUACCUUCACGGCGCCGUCGUUCGACGAUAAGAUCCUGGAGGUGGUGGCCGUGUUCGGCAGCAUGCAGAUGGCCGUUUCCCGCGUCAUCAACCUGCAGCAGCACCGCAUCGCCCAGUGUCGGACGGUGAAGAUCACCAUCCUGGGUGACGAGGGCGUCCCAGUCCAGGUGGACGGGGAGGCCUGGGUCCAGGAUCCAGGCUACAUCAAGAUCCUCCAUAAGAACCGGACCCAGACCCUGACUAGAGACCGGGCCUUUGAGAGCACCUUGAAGUCCUGGGAGGACAAACAGAAGUGCGAGUGUCCCCGGACUCCGCCCCCUCAGGCCCCGCCCCCUCAGCCCCGCCCCUCCUCUCAGCCAGAGAUGGUCUCAGAUGACGAGGCGUCCCUCGUUAGAGAGUUCGGUCAGACAGCUGGAGCGCUGAUCCACAGCAUCCGGGAGGUGGCUCGGUCUCACCACAGUCUGGAACAGGAACUGGCUCACGCCGUCAACGCCAGCUCCAAAGCCAUGGAUGUGGUUUACUCCGAGUCCACUAACUGUGGGGCUCUGAGCCGUGCCGUCGUCCUUCAGAUGGUCGUCAACGUCAAAGUCCUGCUCAGUGAGACGCAGCUGCUGCUGGCUGGACGCAUGUCCCUGCAGUUGGACCCCCCUCAGCAGGACCAGUUGAAUGCGGCUCUGAACUCGGUGUCCCAGCAGCUCCGCCGGCUGGCCGAUGUCUCCUGGUUGUGUCCCGUCAUCGAACCGUCGGACCACGAGGGUCCUCUGGCUGAUUUCUCGAAGCGCAGUCGAAGUGCAAAGUUUCGUCUCGUUCCCAAGUUCAUGAAAGACAAAAACAACAAGAACAAAGAGACGUCUGCAACUCUGUCCAUACCAGUCCAUCAGUGGGGAACAGAGGAAGUUGGACUCUGGUUGGACAGACUUUGUCUCACUGAGUAUAAAGAAAUCUUCGUUGGACACGACAUCCGAGGAGCUGAACUGAUUCACCUGGAGAGGAGAGACCUGAAGGACCUGGGAGUGACCAAAGUGGGCCACAUGAAGCGGAUCCUGCAGGGAAUUCGAGAGCUGAACAGGAACAGCAGCGCCAGCGAGGCCUGAAGGCCACAAGGUCGGUCCAUCUGCUGAGGUGACAGAUGCCAGCUCUGCUCCACCUGACCCCUGACCUCUGACCUCUCAGGACUCACUGUGAAAACCUACAGAAGAACCAAUCAGAUGAUUCACUCGUGCCUUGUAAUUCACCUGGAGCCCAUCAGGGCAUCACGGGCCACUGCAGAUCCAGAUCCAGAUCCAGAUCCAGAUCCAAUGCAUUCCAGAUCAGGACCAGAGACUUGGGCAGUGUAACCUGAAAGAAGUCCGUCAUUAACCACAAAACCCUGUUUGUAAGGAGUGGUCCAGACCAGUUCAUAGUAGUUCAGUCUGGUUCAGACCAGUUCAGACCAGUUCAGACCAGUUCAGAUCAGUUUAGACCAGUUCAGACCAGUUCAGAUCA